CGAGCGCCUCCGCUGGCCUUUGAGAUGGGCUUUACUCGUUAGCCUUGAUUUCCCCCCCUUCCAAUCACCCCCCCUUCGCAUAUUCACCUUUAUUUUUAUUUCAAAGAAACGUCCGUCCGCGAUGACAUUAGAGGGUGAGCUGGCAGACAGGGUCAGUCUGGUAUUUUCAGAACUGGUUGCUGUGUGGACUGACUGGCUUGCAGGUUUCAGUUCCUGUGCAGUUCAGUAAAGCAACUUGGUUGUUAAAAGGUUUGCAAUGAAACCAGCUCAGGAACGUAACCAGGAGAGCCUGCCUCCUAAGAAGAGGGACCUCCCUCUUAGUAACAGCGGUGGAGUUGGAGGGACUAGUGGAGUAGGAGCUGCAGGAGGUACUGCCAGUGCUUCUGCAGGAGGCAACGGAGAAUCCGAAGUCGUUUCCAUCCAGAACUCUGCAGCCAACAGUGACACUCAGGGAGGGAACUCAUCUGGAGAGUGGCAACGAGCUCAUCCUGAGCAUCAUUAUGGAGGGGAUAAUCCUGAGAGCAUCUCAGCAGGGCCUGUGGAUCAGUACAGUAUGAUUUAUAAAGUGGCUGUUCCUUCUGUAACUUACUCUUCUAGCAGUCUCCACCCAGUGUUAAGCCACAUCUCUCCAGCCUAUACCGUCCACUCUUCUCUUCUGCAGCAUCCAGGUCUUUCCUAUCCUCCUCUUGGUUAUGCUCAUAUUCCACAUCCAUCUCUCCAGUUCGUUAGCUCCCCUUACGCUGCAGUUCCCUAUGCAGUCCCCUCUGGCUUUGUCCCCGGAUCAUUGAUUUCUCCCUCAGGGACCAUCACUCAGCCUCAUGCCGUGUCCCACCUGGUUCCCUAUCCAUCCGUUAUACAGGACGGUGUUGUUUCCCCUCCUCCUCAGGCACAGGGCCAUACAUUUACCAAAGUUGCAGCUCCAAGUGGUGUUCCACUGAUAAUGCCUUCAGAGCAGGCUGCCCAGCAGCACAUCAGUACUAUUGGAGUUAUACCUGCCCCAGAGAUCAGCUCCAGAGGGCUGCCGAUCUUUUAUCAACCCCAGGGCAGCAGGGGUCCCUCUGCCACCAGCGACUCCCACAUUCCUUUGCAGGGCAACGACACAGAGAUUAAUGGCAGCGAUAAAGAGCAAGGAGUCAGGGAGAUCCUACAAGAUUCUGCCUACUCCUCCAGAAAUGCACAUCUGCAACAGGUAGCAUCCAGCUCUGCAAUGCAAGAGCAGAGCCAAGAACGGGUCCUGCAGAACCGACGACUGGAAGGCCGCAUCUCUCCUGGUCAGCGCAGCACACCAGACAGUGAUCUGGAGGUGCAGCAGGUCGUUGGUCGUCUGGCUACCUCCUGUACAAGUGGCGGAGUGCGAAAGGAGGUCUCAUUUGCUCCCCUGAAUCUUUCUCAGGGGGUCCAAAGAAGCAGAGAUGUCCAUGGAGAGAACACAGCUGCUAGGGCUGUGCAUGCAGCACAACCGUUUGGUUACAGUGAACAUAAACUUACCGGUCUCCAGCAGCCAGGUCACGCUGUCGUGCUCACCAAUGGGCAGCCAGUGCUUAUUCCUCUCGACUAUCACGCUCAGCAUCAAUCCCAGCCGCUCCAGCACUAUCCAGGACAGGCACACGAAGCCUCUAAGGCCUCCAUUAACACAAGCUUUAAAAGUUCUGAUUCUGCGGGCAGAGCAUGUCUCCCUGAAAAGGUAGAGCCGACCACUGCUAAGCGUUAUCAGCAGCAGCCAUCGGUCCAUUCUACAGCAGAGGCAACUCAGACUGCAAGUGUGACACCAGCAGCACCUACCAAUAACCCAUCACAUUUUAUGAAGGGGGCAAUUAUUCAGUUAGCCACAGGGGAGCUGAAGCGUGUGGAGGACCUGCAAACUCAGGAUUUUGUGCGAAGUGCAGAGGUGAGUGGAGGGCUCAAGAUUGAUUCCAGCAUGGUGAUGGACAUCCGGCCCAGCCAGCAGAGACCCGGUCUUGUAUCUCUACAUUUUACCGUAGGGGAGCAGCAGAGCAAGGUGACCAUUGACGUACCCCCAGAGCAUCCCUUUUUCGUGUUUGGCCAGGGUUGGUCGUCAUGCAGCCCUGAGCGUACGGCACAGCUGUACGGGCUGACCUGCCACCAUCUACAGGUCGGAGACAUGUGCGUGUCCAUCACCUUGCAGCAGCAGCAGCAGCAGCUUCAAACACAGCUGCAUAAACAACCACAUCACAACUCACAGCAGCAGAACAUGUCAAGGACUUUAGGCAAAACCAACGCAGCAUUAGGACCUGAUCACCAGCUCAUGGGGCCUCCUGCACCCCAACAAUUGCGGCCUCAGCCUCAAUUCAGGGUGGACCGCAUCCACAGAGAACGACAGAGGGAUGGUGAGAGGGACAUGGUAGAAAAGGAUGAAGCACAUUUAGCGGUUGUUGGACACACUGAAUCCCCCACCAGACGAAGUAGGACCUCUAUAGAGCACCCAAGGAGUCAGAGCAGUUUCCACUUGCACACAGAGGGCUCUGCUUUUACUGGGACAGGAGUGGCCGCCAUGCAGACCACACUGGGUGCCUCUCAGAGGCGCUGGUCUUCGCCUGGCCUCCAAAGGUACAGCAUGAAGGGAGAAGAAGGGCCUCGUCCUCAGAUAAUCACCUCCGGCCACACAAGGCCUUCUUUCAUCCCCCAGGAGGUCAAACUGUCCAUCGAGGGGCGCUCUAAUGCAGGGAAGUAGCAUCACAUUUGGUAGCAACAUUAGGAGAGACUGCCAGGAGCAAGAAUGAGUCUGACAAGGAGAGAAAGAGGGGAAAAACAGUGUGAAUGUAGCCUCAGAAUGUUUGAGAUUUUGCACACCUGAAAAUAUACAAAGACACAUAAUUUCUUUGCUCCUUUGAGAUGUUUUGCUUUAAUGAAACACAGCCACAAAAGCAGAAACAUUUGGUCUCCCAGUCUGCUGAGGUCUGAAUGGAUAAUGGGAAGCUAAGUAGAACGUAUGUAGCUUAUAAAUGCCUGCCAUAGUCCUCACACACUGCUUUUCUCUUCCUCGCUCCCUCCUUUGUCUUCACCUCCUUGUACUCACACCUGGACUUUUUCACACACAC